CAGUCAAACGAAAAAAUAAACAUCUCAAAAAUUUAUCACUUUCCAUUCUUUUUCAUAAAAAAAAUAUAAUUAAAUAAAUUAAUAUUUUCAAUAAAAAAUAAUAUGUUUAGGCAUGAUUAUAACAUACAGUACAAAAAAUUCCUCAAUUAAAAAAACCGACAACUAUUUUAAUAACAACACUCGAAAUAUUGUGAUGAACUUAGAUUUUUCAACAACCCGGCGUCUACUUUUUAUUGUUUUUGUUUUAUUUGUUAUACUUUUCUUUAAAAAUAUAAUAUUUUCUUAAAUAUAUAAUUUACUACAGUGCAUAUAAACAAUAUUGAACAAAACUAAAACAAUGUCCAAUCGUGUCGUAUCUUAUUUUUACAAUGCCGACGUUGGCAACUUCCACUAUGGUCCAGGUCAUCCUAUGAAGCCCCACCGUCUUGCUGUCACGCACAGUUUGGUCAUGAAUUAUGGUCUGCACAAAAAAAUGAAAAUAUAUCGACCUUAUAAAGCUAGUGCACAGGAUAUGUUACGGUUUCACAGUGAAGAGUAUAUUGAAUUUCUGCAGCAAGUCACACCUCAGAAUAUCCAUUGCAAUUCUGUUGGGUAUACAAAAUAUCUAUCACAUUUUAGUGUAGGUGAGGAUUGCCCAGUAUUUGAUGGGCUGUUUGAUUUCUGUGCCAUGUAUACGGGAGCAUCGCUUGAAGGGGCCCAAAAACUAAAUCACAAUCACAGCGAUAUUUGCAUCAAUUGGUCCGGGGGACUGCAUCAUGCAAAGAAGUUUGAGGCUUCAGGUUUCUGCUAUGUAAAUGACAUCGUGAUAGGUAUUUUGGAACUUUUAAAGUAUCACCCACGAGUUCUAUACAUCGAUAUUGAUGUCCAUCAUGGUGAUGGAGUUCAGGAAGCUUUUUAUCUAACAGAUCGUGUCAUGACUGUGUCAUUCCAUAAAUACGGCAAUUACUUUUUCCCUGGCACUGGGGAUAUGUAUGAAAUCGGGGCCGAGUCUGGUCGUUAUUAUUGCGUCAAUGUUCCUCUAAAAGAAGGUAUCGAUGAUCAAAGCUACUCGCAGGUAUUUAAACCUAUCAUCUCGUCUGUUAUGGAAUUCUAUAGGCCAACAGCGAUUGUCUUGCAAUGUGGAGCUGAUUCAUUGGCCGGUGAUCGACUGGGAUGUUUCUCCUUAAGCACCCAUGGUCAUGGUGAGUGCGUUAAAUUUGUCAAGGAAUUGAAUGUUCCCACUUUAGUUGUUGGUGGUGGUGGCUAUACUCUGCGCAACGUAGCUCGUGCUUGGACUCAUGAAACUUCUUUGCUGGUCGAUGAAAACAUCUCCAACGAGCUACCAAUGACUGAAUAUUUGGAAUUUUUUGCACCAGAUUUCACUCUUCACCCGGACAUAACAACAAGGCAAGACAAUGCCAAUUCUAAACAAUACCUCGAGCUGAUCGUAAAGCAUGUCUAUGAAAAUCUAAAAAUGUGUCAACAUUCGCCAAGUGUGCAGAUGGUUACUAUUCCACCUGAUGCUCUGGAUAUAGACGAAUCGCGUGCAAAAGAUGAAGCAGAUCCUGAAGUAAGAAUUAGUCAGGCGGAUGAAGAUAAAAUGGUUGAAGCAAAGAACGAGUUCUUCGAUGGAGAACAAGAUAAUGACAAAGCUGAUACUGAAAGCUGAAUUUCUAAAAUGCAUCUAGAAUUGUCUUUGACUGCAAAUAGAAGACUUUAUGUUGUAAUAGGCUUAAUAGUUUUAAAAAUCAGGUAGUAGAGUAUUAAAAUAGAUUUACAAGCAUUCGCUUAAAAAAAAAAACUAGAAUGAGUUUUUCUUUGGAAAAAUAAAUACGAGUAUGGUCGGUGUGCCUAAAACGUCCUGGUGCAAGGAAUUGGCAAAACAAUUCAAACUUGGUUCUUAAAAGAACGAGAUGAGAGCCAGCAGCAGAUUUCGGAUGUGAGUAAUAAUAAAAAAUGAUUGUUAUUUUUGGAAAGGUCUUUUAA